GUGUUUGAGGUUGAACUGGAAUCUGGAAUUUGAAGUUUGGGUUGAAAGAUGGGUUUGAAGUGGGUUUGUGCUGGAUUUGUUUAUCUUCUUGUGGGUUUGAUCUUGAAUGCUGUGCAGUUCUGCAAUGGAGGAAUAACCAGUAAUUUUGUGAGGAAGAAUGACCAAAGUCUUGAUAUGCCAGUGGACAGCGAUGUAUUUAGAGUGCCUCCCGGUUACAAUGCUCCGCAACAGGUCCACAUAACUCAAGGGGAUUAUGAGGGAAAGGGUGUGAUUGUCUCUUGGAUUACUCCCGAUGAGCCCGGUUCAAGUACAGUACUCUAUUGGGCUGAGAAUAGCCAGCUCAAGAAUAGUGCAGAUGGUCUUGUUGUUACCUACAAGUACUUCAAUUACACUUCUGGUUACAUUCAUCACUGCACCAUCCAGAAUUUGGAGUAUGAUACCAAAUACUACUAUAUUGUGGGGAUUGGGAAUGCAACGCGACAAUUUUGGUUUAGAACCCCUCCCAAAGUUGGUCCUGAAGUUCCUUAUACAUUUGGUCUCAUAGGGGAUCUUGGUCAGACAUAUGACUCCAACUGUUAA